CCCAUACAAAACUAACUGUAGUUUAUGAAUAAUUAUCCUGUCCCUUUCAAGUGGUGACCAGAAGUAAUAAUUUAUUCUACCACACUGUGGUCUGUGUGUGCUAACUAAAUUUCUUCAAGUAUAUCAUUUCGGAACUUCUCCGUAUUUACUUUGUUCAGUAACUAAUAAGACAUUUCCACUAGUACAAUUCCAGUUCCAGUUCCAGUUCCUGUUCCAGUUCGAAUUUCUAUUUCCAAUUCAAUUUGACAUUCAAAGCUCAAUUUUAACAAGAUUGAGCCCAAAGAUUAUACAAAACUAGCUUAUAUACAUUUUAGAUUCCUUCUUCACUUCUUUGCUUGCUUCCAUUUAUUAAAUAUUUAUUUUAAAGCUUUAAAUCUUUGCCCACUCAUGGUACAUCUAUUCAAUAUUCACUUUUAUAUUUGUAUCAACAUUUAAAUUUGUAUUAUAUUAAAUUCAUUUGAAUAAUAAUAAUAAUAAUAAUAUCUCAUCAUGGUACUAUCGUCAUCUUCAACUACUUUGGUGAGUCUACUACUGUCUUCACUAUCAACAAUAACCACAUCAUCAUCAACACUUUCACCCACUUCAAUUCAAACCACAACUUCAGCAGUAACUACAUUAGCUACUAAAUUCUUACCUCAACUACUAUCAUCAUUAACAUCAAAUUACUUAUUUCCUAGGAGUUAUAUGGAUACACAUAAUCAAAUUGAAGAAUUCACUAAUCAUCAAGCUCGAGUACAACGUAUUCUUGCUACUAGUUCUUCAUGUGCUUCAAUACUGUUGUGUAUCUGUGGAAUGUAUAUGUUCUUAGCAUUUGAUCCAAAACGAUUAAUAUUUCGUCAUCAACUCAUCUUUUUCUUAAUGUUCUUUGAUUUAGUUAAAGCAAUCAUCCUUUUAUUAUAUCCAACCCGAGUUUUAACUCAUUCAACAUCUUAUUAUAAUAAGAAUUUCUGUCAAAUUGUCGGAUUCUUUACUGCUACUGCUAUUGAAGGUGCAGAUAUUGCGAUCUUAUCAUUUGCAGUUCAUACAUAUCUUUUAAUCUUUAAACCUAAUUUAACUACUAAAGUAAAAAAUUCAAGUAGAACUGAAGGUGGAUUAUAUAAAUAUAGAUUUUAUGUCUAUGGAAUGUCAUUUUUUAUUCCUAUUAUUUUAGCUAGUUUGGCAUUUAUUCAUGAUACAGGUUAUGUAUCUUUAGUAAGUUGGUGUUAUUUACCAGAAAGACCUUUAUGGUAUAGAUUUGUAUUAAGUUGGGUCCCCAGAUAUUGUAUUGUAAUUAUAAUCGUUACAUUUUAUGUAUUAAUUUAUUAUCAUGUUAUAAAAGAAUUCAGAAAUUUGGGGGGAGUUUUCACAACUAUGCAUAAAUCUCAGGGUCAUUUACAUCCAAAAGUUAGUAAUGAUGAAAAUCCAUCAUUUGGUUCAGCAAUUAAAUACUUUUUAAGUGCUUUUAAAGAUAGGUAUUUUCUAAAAUUGGAAUUACCCACUAAUAAUACCACUGCAACUACUUCUACUAAUGCAUUAAAUUUGGAAGUAUUGAAUGGUACUAAUAGAGGUUCAGAACCAGGUGAAAGUAUUCCUCAAUCGCCUAAUCAAAAAACAAAAAAUUCUGAAGAAGAACAUUCAGAUGACGAAGGUGAAUCUGAAGAUGAUGAUGAUGAUGAAGAAGAUAUUGUUGAACAAUAUGAUGAACGAGCAGCUCGUGAAGAAGAGGAUGAUGACGAAGAAGAAAACUUUGAUCUUCGACAAUUACCUACUAUUACUCAAAUGAAAUCUCGAGAUCCAGAAGAUAUAAAUUAUCAUCCUGAGAUGCAAGCAGCUAAUUUGGCAAACUUCAGAAAAAGACAACGAAUUAUUGAAAAACAAAUGAAAUCAAUUUUUGUUUAUCCAUUUGCAUAUAUAUUUGUUUGGGUAUUUCCAUUUAUAUUGCAUGUCACACAAAUCAAUUAUGAAGAAUAUCACGGUCCAAUCUAUUGGAUAAAUUGUAUGGCAGCAUUUAUGCAACCAUUCAAUGGAUUUGUUGAUACUCUUGUAUUUUUCUAUCGUGAAAAGCCUUGGAAAUAUACUAUAAUGAAGAAUUUUGAGAAAGAACAUCGAACGAAAUUAGAUAAUUUCUUAAAUGCUAAUGCAGAAAAAUUAAGAAAUAAUACUAGUGAUGGUAAUGAAUCAUUUGUUGCAAGUUCAUUUAUAAAGAAUUCACUUAGUGUUAGUCAUCAUUAUUCUGAAACUGAUUAUCCAAAAUGGAGACAAUGGUUAAAUUGGUUAGAAUUACCAUUUUUUUCAUUACCAACAGAAGAGAAUAUUAUAAAAUAUCAAACUCAAUAUAUUGAGAAUAAAUUAAACAGUGUUGAUAGUAAUAGAAGUGGAUCACAACCAAGGAAUCAUCCUCUUCAUAGACAUAUUAAUCAUGGAAAUAGUUUAUCUAAAUCUAAUGGUAAAUUUAGUAAUGCAGGCAUUACUAAUAAGACUCAUGAUUUUUCUAAUAUUUUAAGUGAUGAUUUAGGAGAAUCUGAAUUUACUAAUAAUUUAGGUAAUUUUUCAUUCAAUUAUGAAAAGAAGAAGAAUUCAGUUCUGCAAAAAUCGCUUAAUUUACAUCCCCAUCAAGAAGUACCUCUACAUUUACAACGUCAAACAUAUAGUAAUGGUGGUAGAAAGCCGAGUGUAAUUUCAUCAUCAAAUAAAUCUAAUCGAUCUUCUUCCCGACAAUUAUCUGAUUUUGAUGAGAAUGUUCAUCGUCAUACUAUAGAAAUGAAACCUUUAGGUAAUACUAAGAAGGAUUCAUCUACUUCAUCAUCAUCGGUAUCACCAUUUUCAAAUAGAAAAUUUACAGGAACUUCCUUUGGAUUCUCCACUAAUGGUACAAGUAAUGCUACAAAUAGUGCUAAUGGUAAUAGUGUUGGUAAUGAUUCAAUGUAUUCAUCAGAUCAGAAUAGUAAUGAUGAAUUAGAUUUUCUUGAAUUCUUAAAGAGAGGUCCACCAACAUAAACAUAAUAGAUAAACAAUACAUACAUACAUACAUACAUACAUACAUAUACACAUACAUAACAUACAUACACAUAUAAGUUUAAUAUUUUGUACAAGUAAUAAAUGAAUUAUAGUUCAUUAGUUUAGUUAUCAGAUCGGUCUCCACACUCGGCUAACUCACGCUCCGCUUCGGCGCGUUGCCGAUGUCAAGAUGCGCUAAGUUAAAAAAUAAUCAAAAGAAAUUUUUGUCGAGCAUCUUACUAAGCUACUUAGUGGAAAUAAGUACCGAUACGGAAGGGAAAUCCGCUUUUAAUAUCCGUAUAGUAUUUCUCCUCAAGU